GUAAUGAGAGUUCAUGCGUAUAGUGGCGGUUCAGUGCGCGUAAAAAUAGGAGUUUCUCUGUAAGUGAUCAAUCCAUCAUCUCAGGAUCAAAAUUGCCUCGAAGUGUUCCCGGUCGUGCGUGUGUCUCUGUGUGUGUGUUUGCGUGUGUACGUGUGUGUGUGUGCAGGGGUCACACAUCACCCAAACUCGCAGGGGUAAUGAUGUGAGCGAGCGCAGAACAUCCAUUGGUUCAGAGAGCAACCAAUCAGUGUCAGCGGAGGAACUUCAGAGCGCAGCAGCAGGGUCAGGAUCUCAGAGUUGGGAGAGCGAUUUUGGCACUUACGCAUAGAGGACGUCCAUCUCUCCUGCUCGACACGCCACCGCUGGGUUUUUUAUACAUGCAUGCGCUUUUAUUCUCUCCUCUGACCAACAGAAAGACGCGUUAAAGAGUUCGGGAUGUACACGGCCGGGCUCAACCCGUUCUACGCGUCAAACUUCAGCCUCUGGUCCGCGUACUGCGCGGGGGGCUUCGCUGUGGAUACGAUCAAGAAGCCGUCGUUUUGCAUCGCAGACAUCUUGCAGGCCGGAGAUGCGGAGAACAUCCCGGGAUCGUCGGCCCUCGUGGUGCACAUGGGACACCACCACCACCACCACCGUGCGCAGCAGGGACACUCCGGCGGCUCUCCGCUGCGUCCCUCCCCGGUGGCGCCGGAGCCGUACGGCGCGCGGAUGAGUCCGGCGUCUCCGUACCACAGACACGGACUACAGUUGACCUCAGUGUCCAGAACUGCAUUUACCUCCCAGCAAGCUCCGCCGCCCUCCAGCAAAGACCUCAAAUUCGGAAUUGAUCGGAUAUUGUCGACGGACUUUGACCCAAAAGGAAAAGAACAGUUGUCGUUAAGAGAUCUCACGUCCAUCGUUAGCUUGAACCGUCAGUCAGGGAUCCACAUCCCCGUUCAGCCUCCGGCCAGCCAGUACUUCUCCUCCAUAGACCCCGGGAUGAGCGACGCGUCCUCCAUGAUGAGUUCACUAGGCAGCAGCAGCAGCAGCAGACACUCAGGCCAGCAUCAGUUUCAGGACACCUUCCCAGGUCCCUACGCCGUCCUCACGAAAGACACAAUGCCACAGACGUACAAGAGGAAGAGGUCGUGGUCGAGGGCCGUGUUCUCAAACCUGCAGAGGAAAGGACUGGAGAAGAGGUUUGAGAUUCAGAAGUACGUCACCAAGCCGGACAGAAAGCAGCUGGCUGCGAUGCUCGGCCUCACGGACGCUCAGGUGAAGGUGUGGUUCCAGAACAGGCGGAUGAAGUGGAGACACUCCAAAGAGGCCCAGGCGCAGAAGGACAAGGAGAAGGACGAGAAGCCGGAGAAGGGCGCGUCGGAGCCGGGCAGCAGGGAGCCCAAAGAGCCGGAGGAGUCCGAGUGUGAGAGCGGCGAGGGCCGGAGCGAGUGCGACUCGGACGAGGCCCCGGAGGAGGAGAACUCCGACGGACACUUGGACGCUUCCGAGCUCCAUAAAACCAGCGUGAUCAUCAGCGGGGGCGCGCCGGCCUGCAGUGCACCGGCGGCGGCCACGGCCACAGACACAGCGGCCUCCUCUCAGGUGCUAAUAUGAAGCCUGGAGGUUUUUAAAGUGUUGGACAAAGACAUAAAGGGUUUUGAUUAUUAUUAUUAUUAUUAAUAUUAUUAUUAUUAUUAUUGCGACAGAAGAACGUCAGUGAUGAUAAAACACAUGAGGAGUCAGCGCCAUAAACAAACACACCCAGGCCCGUGCGUUUAAAUCCUGUGAACCAGAGGAGUCAACCUGUAUCGUUAUUUAACGUGACUCAUUAUUUUAACCCACACACGAGGAAAAUAGUCCAAAUUCAAUUGUUCAUUUUUAUUAGACGUUAUCUUCUUUGUUUGUUAUUUUCUCUGUGAGACUAAACCCACAGAUUAGUUCGGUCCAUCAGAUUUCUCUGUCUCCUCAUGUGAGGGAAAAGAAAAUGUGCGGUUGUGAAUUUUACUUUUUAGGUUAUGAGCCACUUUGUUUCACGUUAUUAAUGAAAUCUCAGAGCUUCACAUCGGCAGUGUUCAUGUACCCUGUUUGUUUUUGGUCUGGAUAUACCGUAUAUUGUCUUAUUUUGUUAAUAAUAAUUUGCACUGAAAAUAUUGUAAAUAAAAUAUUUCUUACUUUGAAAA